GAAAAUGUGUUAUUCUUUUCGGUAUUAUCGUAGGUACAAUAUAUUCGCUGUAGUUAAUAGUAUAAUAUAAAACGCACUUCUCGACGCUGGACGACGUUGGCGCCUGCACAUGCCAUUUUCUGUAUAGACGGUUUGCGCUGCGUCAUCAUGUGGCGUUCAUUCGACGUCGGAGUCACGCUUUUCGUCGUCCUGCUGGUUGUUGGCGAACAGCUACAGAACUCGGUGGCGAUCAACUCACCCGCCGCCAAGAAGACGAGCGACGGGUCGUUCAGCGUGUGGUUUCGUCCCGAGCCCGGUCUGCCCCGCAAGAAGGACAUGAAAGUCGACAAGCUCAACCGACUCAUCGGCGCCGAUUUCAACGAAAUGUGGAUGAGCAAAACGGCAAUCGUUAUAACGUCAUUACCAUUAUUAAUGAUGACCAAACAUUUUAGGUUAAAAAACAGAAAAAACAAGAGGAAAAAUCGGGAAAGAAAAACUAUGGAAUUGGCGUUCAAUAAGACGAGAGGGAACGUGGCAAGGGGCAGAAGAUCGGCUGGUCAGAGGAAAAAUAAAAAAAAAGACGAUAAGUUCAGAUGUCUGUGGAUUAAAGUACCAUAUCCGGUGACCGAAGACUGUACGUGUUCGUGUAGAAAACUUGAUGAAUAAUCUAAAUAGAACGAGUGCAUGUUCAUAAAUAGUCUCACACGAUUCAAUUUUUUAAUUUCGUUCUCACGUGAAUAAAAGACUAUAAUACAAAUCUACUUUUGCACAUUCAAAAAACGAUAUUUCGUCAACCUGAACAUAUUAUUGUAUUUGAAUAUGUUUUUUUUUUUUUUUAGAUAUUAUAAAAUGUGAUACAAAAACAUACGUUGUUAAUUAUUUUAGGUAUUUCUUUAUUAACUUUUUCUCGUCUUUACGAAUGGUCCUUCGACUUACUAGAUUAAUAAAUAAGAAUAUAGUUUGGAUAACGAUAAUUUUACCUAAAAAUCAGGAGAACGAUUAGGUACAUGCGUUUAAUGGAACAAUGUUUAUCUUUUAGUUUCU